GCGCAUGAAAAUAAGGGCGAUCGGCAUCGGUUGCGUGUCUGCGCGUGAACGAAGAAGGGAGCGGGCGAAGGUUGGCGAGGAAGCGUCCGGGGGACUCGGACAGACUGUUGAAACAUGGCGUCUUCGAAUAUGGAGGAAGAUGAGAGCCUGAAAGGAUGUGAAGUUUACGUCCAAAAGCACAACAUCCAGCAAAUCCUGAAAGAAUGUAUUGUUAGCCUCUGCAUUGCCAAACCUGAUCGACCAAUGAAAUUCUUGAAAGAAUACUUUGAUAAACUGGAAAAGGAAGAAGGUAAACAAAUCUUGGCUCGCCAGAAGUCCAAUUCUCAGUCAGACUCUCAUGAUGAUGAGAUCUCACCACCACCUCCAAAUCCAGUUGUAAAAGCAAGACAUAGAAGAGGUGGUGUCAGUGCUGAAGUAUAUACGGAAGAAGAUGCAGUAUCCUAUGUUCGAAAGGUUAUACCAAAGGACUACAAGACGAUGACUGCACUUGCAAAAGCUAUUUCUAAAAACGUUCUUUUUGCUCAUCUUGAUGAUAAUGAACGAAGUGACAUCUUUGAUGCCAUGUUUCCAGUGACUCACAUUGCAGGAGAAACCGUCAUUCAACAAGGUGAUGAGGGUGACAAUUUCUAUGUGAUCGACCAGGGUGAAGUUGAUGUCUAUGUAAAUGGCGAAUGGGUUACAAACAUUGGAGAAGGCGGCAGUUUUGGAGAGCUUGCUCUAAUCUAUGGCACACCAAGAGCUGCAACGGUUAAAGCCAAGACAGACCUCAAGCUGUGGGGAAUAGACAGAGACAGCUACAGACGCAUUCUAAUGGGUAGCACACUGAGAAAACGGAAGAUGUAUGAGGAAUUCCUGAGCAAGGUCUCCAUUUUGGAAUCUUUGGACAAAUGGGAGCGCUUAACUGUGGCUGAUGCACUGGAACCUGUCCAGUUUGAAGAUGGGGAGAAAAUUGUAGUCCAAGGCGAGCCAGGCGAUGACUUCUUCAUUAUCACAGAGGGCACUGCUUCAGUUCUACAACGUAGAUCAGAUAAUGAGGAAUAUGUGGAGGUUGGAAGACUAGGACCUUCAGACUAUUUUGGUGAAAUUGCCCUUCUUUUGAAUCGGCCGCGAGCAGCGACUGUAGUUGCACGUGGUCCACUGAAAUGUGUCAAGCUGGAUCGUCCACGCUUUGAACGAGUUCUGGGUCCAUGCUCUGAAAUUCUCAAGAGAAACAUUCAACGAUACAAUAGUUUUAUUUCUUUAACUGUUUAAAACUUUUGGAUCCAUUGCUGCCUUUGUGUUACUUUGUGCAAUUAACUUGAUCUGUAUUGUUGUGUAUUAAUGCUUUUUAUGUAAGACUUCCAACUGAUUUUUAAAAGACCCUCAGAAAUUGGUAAUCCAACAGGAAGACUUCGUAAUCUGUUGAGCAAAAGUUCUAAAAGUUGCUGCUUUUUUGUCAAUGAAAUUUAAUAAUGGAUUCCAGUUUACUGCUUUAUCUACUACUUUAGGUCACUGCAGCAUUGAAAUAAGUUUACUUGAGAAUGAUCAUACAUUUUGCUAGUUAAAGGUAAUUUGUUUCUUUGUUUACAACAUUGUUUUAAACAAUGUUUCUUGUGAUUUCCACACAUUGAAUAAUUUAAAGUUCCCAAGUUUGUAAUUCAUGGAUUGCAAUGUGUUAUACUUGAUCAUACCACCUUGAGUACCUAAUGCUCUGACCAUAAAGUUAAAAAAAUAAGUGUAUCAUGCUGAACAGGUGAAAUUGUGACAAAACUGCACAUUCAAGGAUAAAUGAAAAGCCAAAUUAAAGGAAUAUUCUUCAAACUUGUGGGCUUUUAUUUAUUUGUCGAGUAUAUUUUCAAGCUUGUUGUCACGUCUUUUUAUUACUUGAACAUGAAUCCUUUGUUUCAAGUAUAUUCUGCCAGAAAUCUCAGUCUUGUUAAUGAAGAGUUGUAAGGUAUGGCAGGCAUUUUUAUUGUAUGCACUGAAGUAUAAUCAUUAAUGUAUGAAGUGGGGGGUCCUCAAUCAAUUCAGUUUACCAGUGCAGUCUAGAUGAGUUUAUAGUCUGUUGCAGCUGUUCCCAGGGGCUCAUACACUAUCCAAUAUAUAGAAACAGGUUUUAGAAACUUAGUUUUUGUGAUUAAAAGAAAUCCUAAACAAACUUCACAAUUAAGGUUUCUAAUAUUUUGCAUAGUCUUACUUUGCACUAUUUUAAGUAUACUUUAGGGUGUAGGUUUGCUCCUGAGCUGUAGGUUUGAUAUCCAGACGUUUCAUUACCUGGCUAGUUAACAUCAUCAGUGGCGACCUCCAAGUGAGGCAAAGCUGUUGUCUCCUGCUUUCUAUUUAUAUGUUUGUCCUGGAUGGGGUUCCUGGAUUUGUGAUUAUGUCAUUUCCUGUACGUUUUCUGAGGGGUUGAUAGAUGGUAUCUAGAUCUAUGUGUUUGUUUAUGGCGUUGUGGUUGGAGUGCCAGGUUGCUAGGAAUUCUCUGACAUGUCUUUGCUUAGCCUGUCCCAGGAUAGAUGUGUUGUCCCAGACAAAAUAGUGGGUUUUUUCAUCCAUGUGUAGUAUACUUUUUAAAGUUAGCUAUCUUAUUAAAUUUGUGCUAUUUGGAGCUUAUUUAACCAAAGUCUGUUUCUCAAAAGGAGUAAGUAAUCCCAUAAUAUCGCU